AUGGGUUGCUGUGAGACAAGACCUGAGCCUUCUCAAAGUCAGAAGAUUGAUUAUAAAGAUCCGAUCCUCUUUGAUCAGGAGCGAUUUCAAUAUCUUUUAUCUACUUCUUUUGUUGAAUAGGCUGAAGAUGAUGAAAACAAUCAAGAGGAUAUCUUCAAAACUAAGUACAGUCCGGGAGAUAAUAGGGACCGUAAAGUUUCAUCAAGACUGGACAAACUUAGUUUGAAAGAACUUGAUGAUUAGAAAUUGAGCACAUAGCAAAGCAAUUCUCACAUUGGUAGAAGGUAGGAUACUGAAGGCUCUCAUAAGAAGCAGAGAUUUGAUCCUUAAGCUGAUAAAAUGAGGUAUACUUAUGAAAAAGAAGAUAUAAGGAAGUUGAAGCCAACUACAAGUGUAGUCUUAAGCAUGAAUACCGUAAGACUUAAUGAAAAUCAAGGCUACAUUGAGAUAGUGGAGAGAAGGAUAAAGAAAAGAGAGCUUUAGAAGGUUUAAUAAAUGAGAAAGUCUUAAAGGAAUACAGUGAAUAACCAAAUUGAUGCAGAUGAAAAUGGAGAUAAUUAUUAAUAAUAACUCAAAGGUCCUAGAGAGUUUUCUUAAAGGAACUCUGUAAGGCAAAAUGUAGGGAAAAAAAUAAUGGACAAUUUUUUCCCUGAGUCUCGAAACGGUAUUGUAUCAGAUGACCAAGGCUACCCUCAAACAUUAAUGUCUGUUAUUCAAAAUUCUGCAUUUUCAAACACUCAUUAAAGCUUUCAUCCAAACUCCAUUAUCAGCUAAUCGUUGCAGGGAGUAAGCUUCAAGCCACAGGAGAAAUAUAUCUAUGCUAAGAGCCCAAAUAGAGAAAUGGUAUAGAAAAUCGCUCAUGAGGCGAGUGUUGAUAAAUUAGUAAGAUAGCUAGAAUAAGAUAAAAAGACUUUGGAAAUUUAUGAGUCUAAAAGGCAGGAAUAGGUGAACUAUCAUAACUAAACAUUAAUAUAAAAGCAGUAAAAGCUUAGAGAAAAUCAGCAGUUCCUGCUGCAAUAGAUCUAGGAAAGAUAAGAGAAAGAGAUGGCUAAUAAGCAAAAUGAUCUUGUUUAAGAGAUUCAAAUAGUGGAUGUGAAUAACACUUAGUAUGUGAAUAUUUACCCACCCAUUAGAGAGACACCAAAGGAAAAGCGGAGAUUUAGAGAAUUGAUGCAGCAGAAAAUGCUGGGCUAGGAACUAGACAAAUAGCUUACGUCAAAAGAGACUUAUGAAAAAUAGAUAAAGGGAUAAAUCAAGGAAGAGUAACGUAAGAUUGGAUAAUUAAAAAAGCAAGAGGAGGACGAGGAAUUGAAUUAAAAGAAGGUACAAAAUAGAUAAAUGCAUAAUAAAUAUGCCCAAGAGUGGAAAGCAAGCAUAUUACUCAAGUCUAAACAAAAUCUUGAGGAUAUCGAGGAGGAAACAUAGGCAAAUUAAAGUGAACUUAGAGACACAAUUGAAGAUAUACAACAAACUUAGAUAUACUAGAUGGAUGAAAUUUAUUCUGCAGAAGGAGGAGUUAGAGAUCUCUAGAAUGAAGACGUUAAUGAUAGGAUGAAUAUGACUCAGAAAACAUUUAAAAGCAGUACUAUAGAUACAAAGCUCAUCGAAAAGCUUAAUGAAACUAAAACCAGAUUGGAGAAAUCAGAUGGAAAGAAUAUAUAAAAAUUCAAGUAUGACAUUGAAUAAUUGAAAAAGGGACUCGAGACUUGCGAUUACAAAUCAAUUUUUAAGAUAUUAAAUCACAGUAAUUUAACACCAAGAGUAGAUCUUUCACAAAAGAAGCCAAAAGCCUAGAAACUUGAGCCAGUUUAGGAAAGAUUUGAAGCAGUCAAUAAGCAGAAAAUUUAGGAUGAUGUCCUAUCUUUAAUAGGAUCUCAACCUUCAAUAAAGCCAGUUUAAAAACUAGUAGAAAAAGAGGCGGCAGUGAGAUAUUUAAGGCAAUAAAAAAGCCUAUAAAAGUAAGAAAAAAAGGCAGAUUUGAUAAUGAAACAAAAACUUGAAGAGAUAGAUUAACGAAAUUAAGAGCAUAAUAAGCAAAGAAAGUAAAAGUUACAAUAAUUAAAGCAUGACUUGACAGAUUAGAUUGAAACUAAGAGGGUCCAAAGUUUGGAAUCAUUUAAAUAUCAUAAAUUAUAGCCUGGCAUUGAGGGUCAAAUGGGGUAUCCAAGAUUAUAUCAAAUGUCAAUGGAGGAAAUAAUGAACAAAAAGAACUUGAAUUAGGUUUAGCUUUAAGGAUUUUAUGAAAAGCAGAUGGAACAUAAAAGUGGUAGUAAAAAUGUGCAAUAAAAAUCAGAAGUAGAAAAGGAACAAUUACUUCAUUUAGAGGCUGAGUAGUUUAUCCUAAAAGAAAGAGAGGCAAAAAUUAAAAAGGAUUAAUACAUUAAAGAAUUACUACGCUAAUAGUAAGAAGAUUAGAAUAAGCUUCUAAAGAUAAAAGAAGAUUUUUAGGAAUAGCAAAGAGUCUAAAAACGGAUGGAAAACAAUCUCUUAUUUCCACAGAUUAUGAUAAAAUCAUAAGACUAAGUACAAUCUGACUAGCAUUUGGCUAAACUAAGCUAGCUUAUCAAUAAACAAAAAUCAAAUGAAUCUGUUAUUACUUAGCAAUAACUAAAUAAAAUACCUAGUAAAAUACAGCUAGGCUCAUCCACAUCUAGAGAAUUUAAAUAUUCACUUCCUCUUGAUAAAAGCAAAAUCAUGUCUGCCAGUCAAGCCGAGAGAACUUAGAGUAUAGACAGCGGUAUUCAGGCUGCUAAGAGCAUGAGAUAACUAAAGCAAUCUAUGAUGAAUGGCAAUGAUACCAACUUGCAGCUUUAUCCUUGGGAAUUAAGAGAGUAAUCUGUAUAGCAGAUCAGAAACUUAGAGACAAUUUCUAGCAGGAUGAGUGUGAGAAGAGGAAACCAACUAAAAAAUAAUAAUUUCUUGAAUAUACAAGACAAACUUUGA